AUGAUGGAGAAUGUGUCCAGCAUUUUCAGACUGGCCGGAUUGAACUUUAGGCCUGAGUACAGAUAUAUUCUGUUUUCUCUGACUUUACUGUGCUACCCUUUAAUUAUAAUGUUUAACAUGACUGUGAUCUAUGUAAUUGUGAUGAACAAACAUCUCUAUGAACCAAUGUACAUAUUUCUUUGUAAUUUGUGUAUCAAUGCGCUGUAUGGAACUGUUGGGUUCUAUCCAAAAUUUUUAUAUGAUUUGCUGUCUGAUCAUCAUGUAAUUUCAUAUUUAGGAUGCCUGGUUCAAGCAUUUGUCAUUUAUUCAUCAGCCCUUUGUGAAUUUUCUACUUUGACUGUGAUGGCUGUUGACAGAUAUUUGGCAAUAUGUAGACCGUUAGAGUAUCAUGGUAUUAUGACAAAUAAUACAGUUAUCAAGUGCAUGGUGUUUUCAUGGUUUUCGCCACUUUUAUGUAUGUUAGUUCUUGUUGUGUUAAGCUCAACUUUAACUUUGUGUGGCACAAAUAUUGAUAAGCUGUAUUGUGAUAACUGGUCUGUAGUGAAACUUUCAUGUUAUCCAACCACAGUUAAUAAUGUGUUUGGGUAUAUUGUAAUUAUUGUUUAUUUCAUUCAUUCACUCUUUAUCAUGUGCUCUUACAUACAACUAGUUGGAGCGAGCAUCAAAUCGAAAGAAGGAAGAAAUAGGUUCAUGCAAACAUGUAUGCCACAUCUGCUUUCGCUGCUUAAUGUGACUGUUGCUUUACUGUUUGAUGUUAUGUUUACAAGGUACGGAACCAGGAAUUUCUCUCAAGAUCUUCAGAAUUUCCUAGCCUUGGAAUUCCUUGUCAUACCACCAAUUCUAAACCCACUUAUAUAUGGACUGAAACUGAAAAAAAUUCGAAAUCAACUCAUGCGAUUUUACCACAACAAUGUCAUCAGCGCCGUAAGGGAAUUGCACUGACCAAUCUAACCAAAAGACAUGCCAUGGUGUAAACUAAUCUUAUCUAUAUGAAACUGGUAA